CGCUCAUUUCUCAUUUCUGAUUGUUAAGCCGGAAAUGCUUCUUCUUUCAUUCCAAUAUCAAUCUCACCGGACCUGACCCGACCCUUUAUUUCUCUUGCAUUUCAUGGAUUCCAAAUCCAAACCCCAAACCCUAAACUCCACCCAAUUGUACCUCACCGCCCACAAAUCUCUUCAACCUUCUUCACCACCACCGUCACCACCCUCCUCCGUCCCAGUCCCACCCUCCUUCCCCCACUCCAAACUCAUCCCCAAAACCCGCUUCCUCGUCGACGCCUUCCGCUACGCCGGCGACUACUCCGUCUCCUACUUCCUCUCCCACUUCCACUCCGACCACUACGCCGGCCUCUCCUCCACCUGGUCCCGCGGCAUCAUCUUCUGCUCCGACACCACCGCCAACCUCCUCCUCCAUGUCCUCAAUGUCCCCUCCCCCUUCGUAUUCCCUCUCCCUCUCCGCCAACCGCUUCAAAUCGACGGCUCCGAAAUCACCCUCGUCGACGCCAACCACUGCCCUGGCGCCGUCCAAUUCCUCUUCAAAAUCCCCGCCGCCGCCGACGGAAUCAACUGCGAGAGGUAUGUUCACACUGGCGAUUUCCGGUUUUGUAGUUCGAUGGUAUCGGAACCUGCUCUCGCUCCGUUUAUUGGUGCUGAUGCUGUGUUCUUAGACACUACCUAUUGCCACCCUAAGUUUUUGUUUCCUUCACAAGACGAGUCUGUUGAUUAUGUUGUUGGUGUUGUGGAGAGUGUUGAGGGUGAGUGCGAUGAUAAUAACAGUGUUUUGUUUCUUGUUGCUACUUAUGUCAUUGGGAAAGAGAGGAUUUUGCUUGAGCUUGCCAGGAGGUUUAACCGGAAGAUACACGUGGAUGCUAGGAAGAUGCAGGUUUUGCGGGCUCUUGGGUAUGGAGAGAGUGGUGUGUUUACUGAGGAUGGAUUGGAAACUAAUAUUCAUGUUGUUGGGUGGAAUGUCUUGGGGGAGACUUGGCCUUACUUUAGGCCCAAUUUUGUUAGAAUGAAGGAGAUUAUGACUGAGAGAGGGUACUCAAAGGUUGUUGGUUUUGUUCCGACUGGAUGGACCUAUGAAGUGAAGCGCAAUAGGUUUGCUGUGAGGUCUAAGGAUUCGUUUCAGAUUCAUCUUGUGCCGUAUAGUGAGCAUUCGAACUAUGAGGAGCUCAGGGAAUAUGUAAAGUUUUUGAAACCGAAGCGUGUUGUUCCUACGGUGGGUUUGGAUGUUGAGAAAAGUGACAGUAAACAUGCUAACAAAAUGAGGAAGUAUUUUGCUGGAUUAGUUGAUGAGACAGCCAACAAGCAGGAGUUUUUAAGGGGUUUUCGUCGUGGUGCAGGUGAAAUGGUUGAGAAGGAUGUUAGUGAUGCUUUGAAAACAGGGCAAGGCAUCGAGAAAGAAAUCGGGGCAUCUGACAGGGAAGGAAAUAGAAGUAUUAAUCCAGAUAAUGCUGUGAGUUUGUCCUCUUUUACUGGAGAAACUUGCACACGAGAUCCUACUUUACUAAAUGAUGAAGAAAAAGAAAAAAUAAUUCAAGAACUUAGUUGUUGUUUGCCCACAUGGGUCACUCGAAGCCAGGUGUUAGAUCUGAUCAGCAUCUCAGGGAGCAAUGUUGUUGAAGCUGUUUCUAAUUUCUAUGAACGUGAAACGGAAUUUCAUCAGCAAGUAUAUUCCUCUCAAACUUCUGUUUCAAUGUCCAAGUGCUGCUCGUCAAGUGACACUGAUUCACUUUCAAAAACAUGCAUUAAUACAAACAAGACUUACAGCAAUGUUGACAUUUUUCCAAGUCAAGAAUCUAAAUUAACUAACCUGAGGCAUACAGUACCAAAUCGCUUUUCCCCAGCCAAAAGGAAGAAAAGUAGUGAAAGUAAGCCAAACAAGAAAGUAAAAGCCAGAGCAAAAUCAGAAUCAAGUGGUUCAAAGCAGCCCGCUAUAACAAGAUUCUUCAGCAAAGUAUUGCCUGAUAUGCCUGGUAGUACUCAAUCUGAUCAUUUUGACCAAAGCCCUAAAGUUGAAGACUUGUUGCCAAAUGAUGUUGGAGAAUUAUAUAAGGAUGAGAUUGAUCAGUUUAUGCAAAUAAUAAACGGGAAUGAGUCGUUAAAAAAGUAUGCCAUCACUAUAAUUGAGAAGGCAAAAGGAGAUGUUAAUAAGGCUUUGGAUAUGUAUUAUUGUAAUUCUGGCAAUCUUGGUGAAAAUGAAAUAUCAGUUCAAGCAGAGUGCAAAAUCGGCAGACCUUUAGAGAAGAAGUAUGUGUCACAGGAAUUGACAAUUAUACCUGAUAUUUCUGUGCAGAGAGUGUUAAGAGAUAAUGUAGAUGCAACUCAUGUAUGUUUACCACCUAAGAAAUACAACCCUAAAGAACAUGCGUGUUGGAGAGAUGGAGAGCCUGCACCAUAUUUACAUCUUGCACGAACCUUCAACCUACUUGAGGAUGAGAAAGGAAAGAUAAAAGCUACUUCAAUGUUAUGCAAUAUGUUCAGAAGUUUGUUGGCCUUGUCUCCAGCAGAUGUUCUUCCUGCUGUGUAUCUAUGUACAAACAAAAUUGCUCCGGACCAUGAAAAUAUGGAACUAAAUAUUGGUGGAAGUUUAGUCACUGCUGCACUUGAAGAGUCAUGCGGAACAAACCGAUCGAAAAUAAGGGAGAUGUAUAACAAAUUUGGUGAUCUUGGUGAUGUUGCUCAAGAGUGUCGUCAAACACAAAGAUUGCUUGCACCACCAGCACCACUUCUAAUAAAGGAUGUUUUCUCUGCUCUACAAAAGAUAAGUGUACAAACAGGCAAUGGAAGCACAUUUCGGAAGAAAGGCAUCAUUGUUCAUCUCAUGCGUUCCUGCCGUGAGAAGGAGAUAAAGUUUCUUGUACGGACCUUGGUCAGGAACUUAAGGAUUGGGGCAAUGCUCAGAACUGUUUUGCCUGCAUUGGCUCAUGCUGUUGUUAUGAAUUCUUGCCCUUCUGUGCACGAAGAAGAAACUGCAGAAAAUUUGAAGGAGAAGCUUCAGGUCCUUUCUGUGGCAGUUGUUGAAGCAUAUAACAUUCUGCCAAAUUUGGCUCUCAUAGUCCCAUCUCUCAUGAACACAGGCAUUGAUUUUUCGGUUUCAAAUUUAUCAAUGAUUCCAGGAAUCCCUAUUAAGCCUAUGCUUGCGAAGAUCACCAAUGGCAUUCCCCAAGUAUUGAAGCUGUUUCAAAAUAAAGCAUUUACAUGUGAAUAUAAGUAUGAUGGUCAGCGAGCUCAAAUUCACAGAUUACUUGAUGGAUCAAUUUGUGUCUUUUCAAGAAAUGGAGAUGAAUCGACAUCAAGAUUUCCUGAUCUGAUCGACAUAAUUAAGGAUUCCUGCAAGCCUGUUGCAUCAACUUUCAUUAUAGAUGCAGAAGUUGUUGGUAUUGAUAGAAAAAAUGGAUCUAGGAUUAUGUCUUUCCAGGAGCUAUCUUCACGUGGGAGAGGAAGCAAAGAUACUUUAGUUACUACAGAGCGCAUAAAGGUGGACAUUUGCAUCUUUGUCUUUGAUAUCAUGUUUGCAAAUGGAGAGCAGCUAUUGGGUUUUCCUCUCCGCCUAAGACGAAAGCAUCUGAAGGAUUUGUUCCAUGAUGAGAAACCUGGGUAUUUUGAGUAUGCAAAGGAAACAACUAUCGAAGCAGAUGAUGCUUGCUUAACCUGUGAAGCCACGUUAACUAAGAUAAAUGCUUUCCUGGAAGAUGCACUUCGCUCUUCAUGUGAAGGAAUUAUGGUCAAAUCUUUGGAUGUUGAUGCUGGGUAUUCUCCAUCAAAGCGUUCUGAUAAAUGGUUAAAGGUCAAGCGAGAUUAUGUGGAAGGAUUAAAUGAUACUCUUGAUUUAGUACCAAUUGGUGCUUGGCAUGGAAAUGGAAGGAAAGCUGGAUGGUAUAGUCCAUUUCUUAUGGCAUGUUUCAAUCCUGAAACUGAGGAUUAUCAAAGUGUAUGCCGUGUGAUGUCUGGGUUCUCAGAUUCAUUUUACAUAGAGAUGAAAGAAUUCUUCUCUGGGGACAAAGUCUUGUCCAAAAAACCACCAUAUUAUCAAACAGGAGAGGCACCGGACUUGUGGUUUUGUCCGCAACUUGUUUGGGAAAUAAGAGGUGCAGACUUUACAGUUUCCCCAGUUCAUCGUGCUGCCAUUGGUUUAGUUCAUCCUUCUCGAGGCAUCUCAAUCAGAUUUCCAAGAUUUAUUCGGUGUGUGUCAGACAGAAACCCUGAAGAAUGUAGCACAGCUGCCGAUAUAGCUGAAAUGUUUCAUUCUCAGACUCGGAAGAUGGAUGUCACAGCUGAAGAUUGAAUGUUGAUUUGGUUUUCGUGUAUAUAAUCUGUUCUUGAUGUUUAUAGUAUUUCUGGGUAUCAGCUUACUGCAGAUGUUUCAAUGUUUUAUAUGUACAGUGUAGAAGUUUUUAACAACGAAUCUCUUGGC